GCUAUUUAAACGUCGUUGAAGCCGAUUCCACCGCACGACGAUCGCAAAAAAUCCCCCUUUCUCUCCGACGAUCCAUCUCGAUCGUCUUCCGAAACCCUGAACCUCCGAUCGAAGGAAUUCUUUGUGAAAGCUUCGAGGUUUCUCUCUACAAGGCCCAAUUUUUUUGAUCGCCGGUGAGGCACGAAGAAGCACUUGCGGGAUAGAAUUUGAGGCGAGAUGGUUUUGCAUCUAGACCUCAACUCCCUUCCAGUAGAGAGCCAUCCCUCAGAGGGGACUUCCGCUGUUUAUAACCCCUGCCAUGCUACUGGACCACAACAAGGAUCUUGCACCCAACCAAUUCCUUUGAUUGAUGCGGAUGAAUUAGAGGAUGAAGUUGUUGCUCUUUCGUCAUCAAUAGAUUUUUCCACGGGGAGGAGUCGUACCAAAAGGACCCGACCAGUGAUAGUGAUAUUAGAUGAUGAUCUGGAGUUAAAUAUGAGAAAUUCAGUCAUUGUAGGGGAACAAGUUGCAAGCUCAUCCUUGUUUGCUUGCAAGAGACCAUUUAGAAGUUCUAAUAGCAGGACAAGUAUUGACAGGGAUCCUUACAUCGAUUUAGAGGAUGGACAUGAUGCUAAGGUUAAUUUGACCAGUGAUCCUCCAAUUUACAUAUGGUACUGGCUUCGGUCAGAUGUUGGCAAGAAACUUUAGCUCAAUGCUAACUAUGAAUUAAUGUAAAAUCAGAAAACAAGACGUUUUUGUCAUGCUAAGACUUUGCGACAGAUAUUGUAGUCUUAUAGUGCACUUGUCAGCAAUCUUUCAUCGGUAAGUGUUUUCAUCGGUAUGUGUUCUUACUAGUUGAUCCUCCACUCCCGAAAUCUCCAUCUUUAUGUUAGAUAUUGGCUGAGGCUAUUCACUAAAGAUUUUGAUAACUUCCUGCAGUGAUGACAGUCGUAGAAUUUGGUUAACGGGAAAAUCAGUUAUGCAAUUAAGCUCUUGAAACUGAUUGGUAGUGCUUGAAAGCCCACUUUUAGUCUGGAAUCUGGAACUUUAUUCAUCCUCAUUGUCAAACUGCUCAUGUCCUAACUAUUUGUGAAUCUUUUCCCUCUAUUGAGUUCUAUGCAAAUCUCAAGCACUUUUUUCUGGAAAA